UGGAAACAGUAUAUCAGGGAUCUGUGUAAUGGGCUCAAACCAGACACGCAGCCUCAGAUGGUUCAAGCCAAGCUGUUAAAGGCAGAUCUUCAUGGCGCUAUUGUUUCAGCCCAGCCCUGGCAAAGAUGGACUACCUGGCAAACACGGAGAUCAACAGCCAGCGCAUUGCUGCAGUGGAGAAUUGCUUUGGGGCAUCAGGGCAGCCACUGGCCCUGCCCGGCCGUGUGCUUCUAGGCGAGGGCGUGCUGACCAAGGAGUGCCGCAAGAAGGCCAAGCCACGCAUCUUCUUCCUCUUCAACGACAUCUUAGUGUAUGGCAGCAUCGUGCUCAGCAAGCGGAAGUACCGCAGCCAACACAUCAUUCCCCUGGAGGAGGUGACCCUGGAACUGCUGCCAGAGACCCUGCAGGCCAAGAACCGCUGGAUGAUCAAGACAGCCAAGAAGUCCUUCGUGGUGUCAGCUGCCUCUACGACAGAGCGCCAGGAAUGGAUCAGCCACAUUGAGGAAUGCGUGAGGAGGCAGCUGCUGACUACAGGCCGCCCGCCCAACACAGAGCAUGCAGCACCCUGGAUCCCUGACAAGGCUACGGACAUCUGCAUGCGCUGCACACAAACACGCUUCUCAGCCAUCACCCGGCGCCACCACUGCCGCAACUGUGGCUUUGUGGUCUGUGCUGAAUGCUCCCGCGAGCGUUUCCUCCUGCCACGCCUCUCCCCCAAGCCUCUACGUGUCUGCAGUCUCUGCUAUCAUGAGUUGGCCACCCAGAAACAGCAGGAAGAGAAGGAGGAGCAAGGCAUGGGGGCCCCUGGACAGCUGGGCUACCUGGCUGGGGCCAUCUGCACAGCAUCCAGUGGAGAUGAUGAUGAUUCAGAUGAAGACAAGGAGGGCGGUGUGGAUGGCGACUGGCCUGAGAAGUUCUAUGCCUCAGGCAUCUCCUGGUCAUCCUUUCACAGCUGACCCAGGUCAUGCAGACAUGGUAUUUGUGCCCUCAAUGCGGUGGUCAG